UAUACAUAUUCUGAGUGGUAAUGGAGCUAUGUGAAUAUGAGGCCAAGCGCCAGCGACGCAUCGAAGCGAACCAGCAGCAACUGCAGGCGUUAAAUGUACCCAACAUUCCUCAGCGCUCUCUCCCGGCUAUCCGCAAGAAGAAAGAGGUAGAACGCUUGCACCCCGUGAGGGGGUCGCUGCGUCAGCGCCAGCAACGAGUCAAUGAUACAGUUCCAAUUGACACCGAGCCCGAAACAAUGCUAGCGCUAGAUCCACUGCCUCCUAAAGUCAAGAAAAUGAAGACGGAACCUCCUGAGCCUUUUGACUUGCCAGUCACGCAGCUGUCGCUCCUUAAUAAGGGCAAGAAAUUGCACCUCUCGAGUUCUCAGAUCGACAUCCAACUAGACGAAUUCCAUGGACGAUGUCUAGGAACGCAACUGCUGCCAGUAGGCAAGCAGACAGUCAUGCAGGGCUUGUGUCCACCGGGAUAUGUGGCCAAGUUUUCCAAGAUGAGUGGCGUACAGCCGUGGAAGAAUGCGAUCGCGUUGUUUGUAAAUGUUGAAAGCGUGUCCCCCUAUGAAAAUGUGUUUCAUCACGACAAGGUGGACGGAGGCAGUGCAGUGCAUUUCCAGUGGUUUGGGCAGAAUAGAUGGCACGAUGAGUCACCGUUGGUGAUGAGGUUGAGGAGAACGAAGAGAGGAGACGAGCGCUUGAGGUUUGAUGAAACGUACUACGACAAGCAGACGGUCGGCUGGGGUAUCUUGGUCACCGAACGGCGUCCAAACCGCUGGAAUUUCGGUGGCAGUUGCUGGAUGUUAACUCGCUGCAGUGGGAGAAAAUACGCGGACUACUACACCUUUGUGCACUCAACCUCGUAG